CUUGCCAUUCUGUAGUUGUUCGGUCGAAACAUUCGUUCGUGUUAUGUAGGCCAUUUAUUUGUGAAAAAAACAAAGGCCGUUUUUAAAGAUUAUUUGACAGAAUUGUUUGGAUUCAGGAAUAUGGUGGAUACCACUCAUUCGAGGGAUCGGUUUUAGUUUUAUGACUUUGGACUACAUUAUAUUAUAUUAUUCGAAUCAUGGAACAAAGACGACGGAGUCGGGAGCCAUGGAGGCUGCUCCGGUGCCUUAAUGCUUUUUUGGUUGCAUUGAUUUUUGUGUUUCAUACUGCCUCUGCACAGGUUCGGUAUUCAAUAUCCGAGGAUAUUAAACGAGGAAGUAUUGUGGGAAACGUCGCGAAGGACUUUGGACUUGAUGUAGCUAUCUUAAAGGAGAGAGGAUUCCGUAUCGUUUCUGGCUCGAACGAACUGCAUUUUGAGAUCAACCAGAACGACGGGAAUUUGUAUGUGAGCCAGGCUGUGGACCGGGAGAGGAUGUGUGAGCGGAGCAGUGUUUGUCUCGUCAAUCUGAAAACCGUUCUAGAGAACCCACUGGAAAUACACUACGUGUCAGUGGAGGUGGUGGAUGUAAAUGACCAUCCCCCCGUUUUUUCAGAGAAAGUCCAACGUCUUGAAAUAUCUGAAUCUGUAUUACCAGGUGCUAAAUUUACAUUACAGGCUGCACAGGACCAAGAUGUUGGGACAUAUUCUGUCCAACAUUACAAACUGAACCAAAAUGAACAUUUUCGUUUGGAGAUCAGGGAUAGAGGGAAGGACGGUAAAAUACCUAUUCUCAAUCUGCAGAAGCCACUCGAUAGAGAGUCAAUGAGUAGUCACAUAUUACUGUUAACAGCUUUGGAUGGGGGGAAACCUCCAAAAUCCGGUACUGUACAGAUUAUAGUGAACGUGUUAGACGUUAAUGACAAUCACCCAGUUUUUAAUAAAGAUAGCUACUCCGUUAUGUUGAAUGAAAACUCAGCUAUUGGCACCACCGUGUUACAAGUAAAUGCAACGGAUCUAGAUGAAGGAUCCAACGGUGAAGUAAUUUAUUCGUUUGCUAAUCAUGUCAACGAACAAAUCCGCAAAGUAUUUGAAGUUGACGCCAACAAAGGAUUCAUAAUUGUAAAAGAUGUGAUAGAUUUUGAGACAGACGACAGCUACGAGAUUGAUAUACAGGCGUCGGACAGAGGAUCCGCUACACUUAAAACAGACAAAAGCGUAUUGGUUAAAAUAGUUGAUCUUAAUGAUAAUGCACCGGAGAUUGAAGUGACAUCCUUUUCCACUGCUCUCCCCGAGGAUUCCAGAAUCGGAACUACGGUAGCAUUAAUCAGUGUAAGUGACAAAGACUCUGGUCUGAAUGGGAAAGUAGUUUGUUCUAUGACGACAGGUUUGCCUUUUACAAUAAUGCCAUCGUCCCAGGAAAACAUGUACUCUGUCGUUACCAAGAGCGCGCUGGAUAGAGAGAAGCGAUCCCAAUACGACGUAACAAUUACGGCUAAAGACACCGGUGAGCCAGCACUCACGGCUGACAAGACGAUUAGUGUUCUUAUAUCAGAUGUGAACGAUAACCAUCCGGAGUUUAUGAUCAGCAAAUACGAUUUUUAUAUCAGUGAAAAUAACGUGGCGGGCGCCCCAAUGUUUUCAGUCAAAGCGGUUGAUUCAGAUGAGGGUAGCAAUGCGCUUGUUUCUUAUCGCAUUCUCAAACCUGAAGGUGACAUUAACAAACUGGCCUCUUUUUUAAAUAUAAACCCGGAAAAUGGCGAGAUAUUAGCUCUGAAGUCUUUUGAUUUCGAAGUGGAGAAAACAUUCCAGUUCAAGGUGUGUGCUUCGGAUUCAGGAACUCCGUCGCUGAGCAGCAACGCCACAGUCAACGUGUUCAUUCUGGAUCAGAACGACAACGCGCCCGUUAUCUUGUACCCGACCAGCACCAACGGUUCCGCAGAAGGUGUGGAGGACAUUCCGCGCAACGUGAACGCGGGUCACUUGGUCACCAAAGUUAGAGCUUAUGACGCCGACAUUGGAUAUAACGGAUGGUUAUUAUUUUCCAUACAAAAAAUUACUGACCACAGUCUCUUUGGUUUGGACCGCUAUACUGGACGGAUAAGAACACUGCGCUCAUUCACAGAGACAGACGAGGCGCAACAUAAACUGGUCAUACUGGUCAAAGACAAUGGAAACGUGUCACUCUCAGCAACAGCUACUGUUGUUGUUAAGCUGGUGGAGCCCAAAGAGGCCAUUUCAGCUUCUGAUGUGAAGAGUGCAGCGACUGACAUUGUGGAUAGUGGCGUGACAUUUUAUUUAAUGAUAACUCUUGCUUCAGUUUCAACUCUAUUUCUUAUCAGUAUUAUUGUGCUGAUUGCAAUGCAGUGCUCUAAAACAACAGACGUAUCCUCCAAGUAUUUACCAGAAACCAACUAUGACGGAACUCUGUGUCACAGCAUCCAGUACAGAUCUGGAGAGAAACGCUACAUGUUAGUUGGACCCAGAAUGAGUAUAGGAUCUACUAUAGUCCCGGGGAGCAAUGGGAACACUCUAGUGGUCCCUGACAGGAGGAGCACAUAUGCGGAGGUAAGAACGAUCAAAUAUUAAAUUGUUAGAUAUUUU